CAUAUACCAAAAGAUUGGGCGGCCACUGCAAACACUAUCAAGUGGCCUUUUAGUGAUAUGAUUCAUAAACAUUUACGAGUCUGACGGCGCUAAAAACUACAGAUCAAGCUAUUUCCCAAGAACUAAAGAUAUACCUUUUAUAAUCUUGGCGGUAAUUAUCAUCAUUAUUAAAGUCACGAGUCCCAAUAACGACAUUAACUAACAAUAAUACACGAAUUUAUUAUCCAUUUCAUGCAACUAUAUAAAUCCCAACUUCAAGCUUCUUACACUCAAUCCAUCCAUCCACACUUGAGCUGAUCGAGCUAGCUUCCUCUGCUCUGCUCUGUGUCAGCCAUGGCGUUUGUAGUGACCCCACUAUUCUUCAUCUUCUUCGCAUCAUUUUGUUAUGCACUUGACAUGUCCAUCCUCGACUAUAACAAACCACCGACAUGGCGAAGUGAUGAAGAGGUGAAGGGUGUACACCAACAGUGGCUGGCGGAGCAUGGGAAAGCGUAUAAUGGGGUGGGAGAGAUGGAUAAAAGAUUCGAAAUUUUUAAGGAUAAUUUGAAGUUCAUCGACGAACAUAACAGCAUGGAGAAUCAAACGUACAAGGUGGGGUUGAACAACUUCGCUGACCUCACAAACGACGAGUACCGGUCCAGGUUUUUGGGCACGAGGAAUGAUGCUAAGCGCCGCUACGUCAAGUCCAGAAACACCAGCCAACGUUACGGUUUCCGGCCUAGCAAGACGCUGCCGGAAUCCGUUGAUUGGAGGAACAACGGCGCCGUUGCUCCCGUCAAGGAUCAAGGAAGUUGCGGGAGUUGUUGGGCAUUUUCAACUGUCGCGGCAGUUGAAAGCAUAAACCAAAUAGUUACAGGGGAGCUGGUAACACUUUCGGAGCAAGAACUGGUAGACUGUGACAGGUCCUAUAACGAAGGCUGCAAUGGCGGCCUUAUGGACUAUGCAUUUCAGUUCAUCGUUUCCAAUGGCGGCAUUGACACAGAAGCUCACUACCCAUACAGAGGCAGCGAUGGAGUUUGUGAUUCCAAGAAUGCCAAGACUGUUACCAUAGAUGGCUAUGAAGAUGUUCCACAAAACGAGAAUGCGCUAAAGAAGGCUGUGGCACAUCAACCCGUGAGUGUUGCCAUUGAAGCCUCUGGCAGGGCAUUCCAGUUUUACUCAUCGGGAAUAUUUACUGGGAAAUGCGGAACAGAGUUGGACCAUGCAGUGGUGGUGGUAGGCUACGGCUCAGAAAAUGGUUCAGACUAUUGGAUAGUGAAGAACUCUUGGGGUAGCAGCUGGGGCGAGGGCGGCUAUGUUAGAAUGGAGCGCAAUGUGGGUGGCACUCAUUCUGGAAAGUGCGGGAUUACAAUGGAGGCUUCUUAUCCCAUCAAGAAUGGUGGAUCUAAUAAGGAUUAUAGCAGUGCUUGAUAUGAAGA